AUGGUGAGUAUUCAACACUGCGCCUGCGCCACGUUCAGGUCCUCGGCGACCCUAGUGCGAAGGCCCCUCCGCUCCGCCUUUGGGCUGUCUCACCAUAUUGGGUUGAAGCCAAGUUGUCUGGGCGGAGUCCUAGAGGUGCGGGUGCGGAGGCGGGAAGUCUUUCCAGUUUCUCAAAAGAGCUUGGACCAUGUGUUGAGCACGAAUGGAGGCAAGCGUAUUUCAGUCAUUGUCGCUGGGGCAGCAAAGGAGUCACUGUAUGCCCAACCCGGAAAAUCCACGGUGUUCUUCAUCCACCAGAGCAAAGGAUUUGUUACGGUGGCCUUGACCCACGCUGCCAGUUUGGUCGCAGUAUUUUCUUUUGGUGAAAGUGAACUAUUUAAACAAAUUAGCAACCCUGAAGGCUCAUGGCUUCGAACUGUACCAGACUAAAUGCUGAAAUGAAUGGGGUUCCAGUACAGCUUUGGCCUGAUGCCCUAUUGGAAAUCCAUCUACGCUGUUAUUGGCCGCCCCAUCCCUGCUCAACAGACCCUGUACCCGACCCCGCAGCAGACUGAGGAGCUGCCCCCGACCUCCAUGAGGGAGCUGAGACUAGUCAAUGAGCACAAACGGAAGUAUGGUAUUCCAGAGCCCCAAACUCUGGUUUUUAAAUGA